UUGUCCCACUUUCUAACCAAUCACAGAAAGUCAAUUCCUACCUUACGCUACCAAAUCCUAGCCGAGCGACCUCACAUAACCACUCCCGGAUUCUGGAAUCACCGCAACGUUCGACGAUCAGCUUCGCAGAACAUCGGCAUCAUGUCUACCCGAAGGCCCCAAUUCUCUCAGCAGGUGCUUAUCGACACCACUCCGUUGCCCUCGGACAUUCCCGCUGUCAAGGAGGUCGGUGCCAGUUCUGCGCCUCUUCUUUCAGCCUCUUUCUUCAUCGGCGCUCGAUGCCGCGACUACAGCGAUGAUUACAUGCAAUGCAAGAACGACAACCCCGGCCGAGGAGAGUUUGAGUGCUUGAAGGAAGGUCGACGAGUCACUAGAUGUGCCUCCAGCGUCAUCAAGGACAUCAACACCCACUGUCUGGCCGAGUUCCGCAAGCACUGGGAAUGCCUUGAAGACCGAAACCACCAGCUAUGGCAGUGCCGCCCUGCUGAGUGGAAGCUCAACAAGUGCGUUUACGAUAACUUGAAACUUGAGAAGAAGAUUCCUGACCAGCCCACCAACUCGACUCCCGUUCACCUCCGACCAAAGCAGAUCUUUGCCGACGUGCGCAUCGGCCCUGGUGAUGGUAAGCCCUUUGUUCCGGGGCAGGAGGAUGCGCAGCAAUAG